GGAAGCAAUGUGGCUAUGAGGUGAGUCUCCCUCUUGCAACAUAUGAAAAGAAGAAAAUGAUAAAAGAUAUCCAUGCGAAAAAUCUUUAUUCGUGCUGGGGAAUUCAACUGUACUAUGCUGUGUUUUCUUUUAAGUCCUUAAACGGUUUUCAAAAAUAUUAAUGUCCAGAGGUGACCAAACAGGGGAGUUAAAGAUAGUUUAAAAUGACACUAAUGUAUGCUGAUGGUGUGCACUGGACUUGAGGAAAGUUGAACUACUGCUGAUCAAGCUUAUUCAGAAGUCAAAGCAAUUGAGCAAUGUCAGUACAGGGCUAUGCAUGAGCUUAACCUGCUGAUUCACACAUCUGUGGUACUUGUGAAUUCAGAUGCAUGUAUGCACAAGGCUACUUGAGUCUACGCUAACUCAAGCUGUGAUUAACAUGGAUCUGUACUGGAUCUUGUAAGGGAUAGAGUUAACUUCCCCCACAGCAGCCCAUGCCACGUUGCGAUUUGCACUUAUAACUAGAACAGCAUUGAUAUCACACCAAUGUUUUGACUGUUGCAGAGCAGUGCUGGCACAGCAUCAAGGCCUUCUCUCCAACCCCCAAAUCCCUUGGCCAGUAACCUGAUGGUGGGCAAGAGCUGGGGAAGGGACAUCACCAUUGCAGCUGACAUAAAUAGACUAAACAGAUAUUCCAGACUAUGACAUCAUGCUCAGUAAUAAAAGCUCUGGGGAAGGAGAAAGCCAACUGUAUCCUGGGUUGCAUAAAAAGCAGCUUGUUCAACAUGUCAAGGGAGGUGAUUCUCCCUUGCUAGUCCACCCUUAUGAAAGCUCACCUAGAGUACUGCAUUCAGCUCUCUGUUCCCCAGCACAAGAAAGAUGUAGACUUGAAAGUGGUUCUAGAGGAGGGCCACAAAAUGGCAGGCCUAGAACACCUGUUCUACAAAGAAAGACUAAGAGAGCUAAAGUUGUUUAAAUUUGGAGAAGGCUCCAAGAAGACCUUUCAAUAAUUAAAGCGGGUUUGUUAGAAAGAGAGACUUUUUUUUUUAAACAGGGAUAUGUAGCAACAGGACAAGGGUUAAUGGUUUUGUACUGAAAUAAAGUAGGUUUAGAUUAGGUAUUAAGAAGAAAUUCUGCACUGUGAGGUUGGUGAAAAACUGGCACAGGCUGCCCAGGUGGCCCAUUCCUGGAAGUGUCAAAGGUCUCCUUAAUUACAACCAUUUGCUUGGACUACUCCCACACUGUGGGGCAUCUAUAGGAAAUUCCGCUCCUGCAUUUCUCACUGCUAGCUAGUUCUCUUGGUUAUUUCUGGUAAGGAGUGUCACAGGGCUUUUAUAGCAAUCUGGAACACUCCCUGAGGAGGCUGCUCAACCACUCUUUGAUAGCAAGAACACUGUACCUCAAUACAACAUCACUGAUCUGAUUGAGUUAACACCAUUUGUAGUGAAUAGAAUGAUAUGAAUAAAUUAAUAUACAAGUCCCGGCAAGAAUAUUGAACUGGGCAGCUCCACUGCUAUGUUAUAGUUGGUGAAAAACUACAGCUGUCUUGAGGAAGUAGACAACAAUUUUGAAUGAAAACAUUUUGAGAAAAGCAUAUCAAGGAGCAUAACAUUGGCAUACCAGUCUACUCUUUUCAAAUGCAAUUUGAAAAGUAGUUCACAUUGCUAACUAAAGUGUGAUAAAGGGGGUUAUUAUUUUUUUCCUCAGUAAGAGAAUCAGCCUUAUUUUUUUUCCCCAAGUAUUUUUUUUCCUCCUAAAUGUCACUAUGCAGCAACAAUAUAUACUUUCUUUUUCAGAGAAAGAAAGCAUUAGCUUGAAUCCUUGAAUCUAAACAUGAAGACCAUCCAUAAUGCAAUCUAUAUGUCUUUCUGAGAUACACAGAAUAAAUAAUAAGAACAUAAUAUUAAAUACAUGUCCUUUGUACAAUUAACAAAUCUACAGUUGGAACAGCAGUACAGUUAGGAUGGUACUUUACAGGUGUUAGAAAGACUAUCAUCAUGGAAAAGAGACAAAGAAGAAAUGCUUACCUAUGUCCAAGGCUCUAGGAUCACAGCAGAAAGCUUCAAACAAGAGAGAUCUCCAGAAAAAGAUCCUUCUUCAGUGGCAGUCAGCCCUUAAGUGGGAUCUAGGAGAGGUGCAGCCAGGCUCCACCCCUUCUGAUCACACAGCUGGAUUGCCUUCACCUGUGCUCCCAGGGCUGACUCAGUGCUUGCCUCAGGUGGCCAAUCAGAGGUUCAGGCCAUGACUCCACAGUUCCUAUGUGGUCCUCAUAUAUUAUUCAGGCACUCCUUAACUGUUUUCUAAAAAGAUUUACAGUAAACUUGAAGAAUUGUGUUUCACGUUUAACAAAUCAACCUGUAAGGUAGACUGAAUAAGAUUUAUAAUUAAGGUUCUAACUAGUGUCUAUCAAGUAUCUAUUUUUUCUUUACAAAAACUUUUAAUGCCAUUUUAUAAAUACAAGUGAUGUUAUAGAGCUGUUUCAAACACUCUCCGUUUUGUACAAUUGUAGAGACUCCAGUAUGUUGCAGAAAACAAGUUUUUGAUUACUUGGAGAAGGGAAGAAAGAGCUUGAAGAACUUGUACAGAGUCAUUUCUCUCUAAAAGAAAUAAAGCAUUUUUUAAUUUGGAUGUUUUAAAAGCAUCUGUUCCUCAAAACAGUCAGAAUCACUACUUCAUUUCUUUUUAUUAUUGCUAACUUUUUUACAGCACUAUUUUAGGUGAGUUCAAUUUUUUUUUGCAGAAGGCGACAUUUUUCAAUAGAUCAGCAAAUAAAAUGAAAAAGCAGAAAAAACUUUUUGUAGUGUGAUGGAAAGUGCAACAAUGACACCAGAGCAGCAAGAUUCCAGGCUACAGCAAGGGAGGAUUCACUUAAACACAACAGCUGUUAGCACAGAAACAAAUGGAAAAAAAAAAAAAAAAAAAAAAAAAAAAAAAAAAAAAAAAAAAAAAAAAAAGCUGCUUCAGCUACACAGGGACUUCCAGAGAGAUACCCCACCUCCACUGCCAGCCCUUAAAUGAGGUCUGGAAGGGAUGGAUCCUGGCCCCAUCAUCCCCUUUUUGGUCACGCAGCCAUGGAAAUAAAGAAGGAUUUUCCUGUCGGGGAAUUCAACUAGCUGUUGAUUGGUUUCUGGAAAAAGGACAUAAAGAUAUCACUGUGUUUGUACCUGCAUGGAGAAAAGAACAGUCUAGACCAGAUGCACCAAUUACAGAUCAAGAAAUCUUACGGAAAUUGGAGAAAGAAAAAAUUCUUGUUUUCACCCCAUCUCGAAGAGUUCAGGGAAGAAGAGUAGUUUGCUAUGAUGAUCGAUUCAUAGUAAAGCUUGCUUUUGACUCAGAUGGCAUAAUUGUAUCCAAUGACAACUAUCGAGAUCUUCAAAAUGAAAAACCAGAAUGGAAGAAGUUCAUAGAGGAGCGGCUGCUAAUGUAUUCUUUUGUGAAUGACAAAUUUAUGCCUCCUGAUGAUCCUCUAGGACGCCAUGGUCCAAGCCUUGAAAAUUUCUUAAGGAAAAGGCCAGUUAUUCCCGAACAUAAAAAACAACCGUGUCCUUAUGGUAAGAAGUGCACCUAUGGGCACAAAUGUAAAUAUUACCACCCAGAACGGGCAAACCAGCCUCAAAGGUCAGUAGCGGAUGAGCUUCGAAUAAGUGCCAAAUUAUCUGCUGUGAAAACAAUGAGUGAGGGAGCCUUGGCUAAAUGUGGCACAGGGCCCUCCAGCUCCAAAGGAGAGAUCAGUUCUGAAGUGAAACGCAUUGCCCCAAAGCGUCAGUCAGAUCCAAGCAUUAGAUCAGUAGCUGUGGAGCCUGAGGAAAAGUUAACAGUAGCCCGCAAGUCCGAGGCCAACUCUGUCCCAUCUCUGGUUUCUGCAUUAAGUGUACCAACGCUCCCUCCACCAAAAAGCCAUGCAGCUGGUGCAUUAAAUACUCGUUCUGCAAGCAGUCCAGUGCCAGGUUCCUCACAGUUCACGCAUCAGAAAUCCUCACUGGAACACAUGUCCAGUGUUCAAUAUCCUCCAAUACUAGUCACCAAUAGCCAUGGCACCUCAAUUAGUUACACUGACCAGUAUCCCAAAUAUGAAUCGUUAGGGGACCAUGGCUAUUAUUCCUUACUCAGUGAUUUCUCCAACUUGAGCAUAAGUAGUAUGCAUAACACAGAUUAUUACGGGGCUGAUAUGGACCAGGGGAUGUAUUCUAGAAACUCAAGCCCCUGUCCUGACAAUUGCUUAAGCCAUACAAAUAAUGAUUCUUAUUCCUCUUACAAUGACUUGUAUCUGGGUGUAGCAGAUGCCAGUCCAGAAGAUAAUGUGAAGAUCCACAGACUGACAUCACAAAAUCGUCUUCAGCCUUUUCCCCAUGGUUACCAUGAAGCCUUAAAUAGAGUUCAGAGUUUCGGAACUGAAGAGCCUCAACAAUCCCUUCGCAAACAGUCUGUUUCCCACUUAGGCCUGCAUGCCCAGCAUCCAGUUGUUGGAGCACGGUCCAGUUGUCCAGGAGAAUACCCUGUGCCUCAAAAUAUUCAUCCAUCAACUGCACAACCAAGCCGUGCCUUGGUCAUGACAAGAAUGGACAGUAUUUCUGAUUCACGGCUUUAUGAAAGUAAUCCUACAAGGCAGAGAAGACCACCUCUGUGUCGAGAACAGCACGCUAGUUGGGAUCCGUUACCAUGUGCAUCAGACUCUUAUACUUAUCAUUCAUAUCCACUGAGUAACAACCUUAUGCAGCCAUGUUACGAACCUGUAAUGGUAAGAAGCAUGCCUGAGAAGAUGGAGCAACUGUGGAGGAAUCCAUGGAUUGGGAUAUGUGGUGAGCCACGGGAACCACAUAUUAUCCCAGAGCAUCAGUAUCAAACAUACAAGAACCUCUGCAAUAUCUUCCCACCAAGCAUUGUCCUUUCUGUGAUGGAAAAGAAUCCCCACAUGACAGAUGCACAACAGCUGGCAGCUAUGAUUGUUGCCAAACUAAGAACAGGGCGUUGAAAUAUUAUAAACUCUUUUGUAUAAAUGAAACUAUACAGCACAUAGGAACUGGCAGAAAAAUUAUAUAAAGGAAGUAGACGAAUCUAUUGUAAAUAUUUUUUAAUAAUGUAGGAUAAACUCCUGUACACAGUAGGUGUUGUAUAUGUAUUGAGGCACUAUUUAAGAGUAGAUGUAUUGUAAAUUUUAAGAUUUUAAAAAUAGGGAUUUUUAAUAGUAUUUUACAGGCAAUGCAUACCUUACUGCAUGGAUAGUUCACUAAGAACUACAAUGUCACGUUCAGUGUCUCAAAGCUUCUAAUACAAAAUUAUUAUUAGCAGUUAUAUUGCAUGUAUUAAUGUACACUUUCAAUUUGAUUAUAAAUACCUAAUUGGCCUUUCAAAGCAUGCUGUAUACAAUCCCAGAUGACUUCUAGGGUUUCAGCUUUGCCAUUUGACACCACCUAUUGGCACCUCAAAUAUUGAAGAAAAAUAACUUGAUAAAAAUUAUUCAAUUUCUAAAACGUUGAAUCUCUUUCAGCUUUUGGAUGUUAACAUUGUUGGUAUUUCUUAAAUUUCAAAACUGUUCCCCACGAGUUUAUCUACUACUGUUGCUUCAGUCCAACAGAAGCCAAUACUUCGUUAAAUUAGGACCAAAACAUUAUGGAACAUGAAGGUGUGCUAAAACUAAAACAUGUCUUAACUGUAGCUUCCCUCUUCAGAACUGCCUGUCCGCUGUGCAGUAAGCAGCUGCUAUUCCAGAUGAUUGGAGAAAAUGAAAGAAAGUUGUCAGUUGCGUAUAAAUUGGAUUACUCAGAGAGGAACUGAACGUUAACGCAGAAACUCACCAGUAAGUACAGCCCUUCUGUGGGCAAGGAUAGCAUUUAACAUGCAAGAUGGCCAUACAGGAUCAACCUAUGAAAGGAGCGGGAGUGGCUGUUUCUUGAAGAGAGAUACUACAGUUUUGGUUUGUGGCAAAGCUUGUUUGGUUUUGCUCUUCAGAUCCACGCAGAGGUGUGCAUUUGCCUCAUGAACGUUUCUAAAACUUCUGUUUCAACAACUGAGAUAAUUUUGUGUGGCAUUGUUUGCUCAACUGGUAUUUUGCUCAGGGUGGGAACCUUUGUAGCUAAAUGUCUCCAAAAGAGGCGUUUCUUGUUUUUUAAGCUGCACUGACUGAACGCCCUUUUUUGACUCCAUUGUAUAUUUCAACAUUUUGAACCAUUACUAACUCGAUAUGUCUCGAGCUAGGACUUAAUGACUUCUACUGUAGUUUUUUUCAUGAAAGCUGAGAAGGCCUAAUUUAUGGCCUCUUGUUUCUUCAUGAGAAGGUGUGACACUGCCUAAAUGUUUCUUACUCUGAAACACACAGAACGUGAGGCUGCAGUCAGGGUUGUUUCUGGUGUUUUGAUAACGGCUUGCAUGCUGCUUUCUCAUUCUCUGUUUGUCUAAGGAACAAAACUACAUCAUUUCCACAUUUACAUUACUGUAUAAAUGAUUGGUUUGAUUCACAAUAUUGUUCAGGCUAUUUAUCAUGGGCGAAAUGUGUUCCUGCAGGUCAAAAGCAACAAAGAAAACCAUUAUAGGUGCAAUGACAGUUAACGUACUGAUAAUUGAUAACAGUAUCAUUUCACACAUGACAAAUAUUCUUCUGUUGGUACAGGGAACAUAACAUAUGUAAUGACCAUGCCAUUACGUAUUUAAAUUGAGUUAACUUGAAGGUGACUUGUAUUUACACUCAGUGUUUAAGAAUAACUGAGUUUUAAUUAGUUGGUUAUUGUCUCUGUUAAUAGUAAAAAUAAAUCUUUGGACACCUACAGUAGCUGGAGGAAACAGAUUUAACUCUUGACCAAUAUCCAAAAACAUUUCUUACUAACCAACAUUUUAGAUUUUUAAUUUGCAAUUAAUUCUUAUUCUCUUCUCUUGCAUGGUAUUAAGCAGCUGAGAGCAAUGCCUCAAAUAACCAGAAAUGACCUUUUGUUUGUUGAUACAAAUUGUAUCUCUUUUUCUUGAUUGUAUAAAAACUUUAAAAAAAACAAACAAAAAAAACCAAAAAAAAACCUAAGAACCCAUAAACCUCUGGAUUAACUUCAGUAUUACAUGUUCACCACAAUGUUUGUGACACUAUGUGUCACACAGAAGUAGCCCAUGAGUAAUUAUGAUUUUCUGUUAUUUAAAAUGGGCACUUACAGUUUAUACAUGAGCAAGACAACUUAUCAGAACUGGUUUAAUUAUGUGCACAGAUACUGUGUGUACACCUCAAAGCAUUACAUGGUUAUCUUUAGUCUAUUGAGCAGAUUCAUCCUUGCACUAAACUUUACGUAAAAAUGUUGCUGUUAACUCAUCUGCAUGUGUUUAAAAUGUAAUGAUAUUAUUACUGUAGACCCUGUUUUAUUCUAAACACAUUAAUUUAUAAUAUAUUUAGGCUUAAAAUGAAGUUUAUUUUGCACUCAGAUUUUUCCAUCUUGCAUGGAAUUAAACAUUUGUAUUAAAAAACAUGUUUGUCCCCUUUUUCUCCCGUUAUAAAGGUAAGCUACCUUAAGAGGGUCUGGUGGGUGUUUUUGUUAUUUUAAUGUGCGGAAACCUGAGCAGAAGUUACUGUAUGAAGCUGUGCAUGAUUUAUGGAGGUAGUCAUUUCUGUAGGACUGGUCUAGCUGUUUUCAUGUUCACAAACUGUUGUCUUACUGAUAAAAAAAGAAUUAUUCUAAAUGGAAAAGCUAUGGUACUGCAAACACAGCGUACCAUUUCUGUAAGGCACUUUGACUGUAAGGCACUUUGACAGCUAAUUGUCUUUUUAUAAAAAGCUAUUUGCAUCCAUCCCAUGUGGAGUACUGAAUAGGCAGUGUAGUCUUGUGGAAACAAUUUGCAAAUGUUGUGCUUCUUUAGUUAGAGGAAAUGAAACUUUUGUGUGUAAUGUAGUCUUUCCUAAUCCACUAAUUAAGUGACAAUUCAGAUAUCCACAUCUGUUCUCAGAUAUGUUUACAAGCCAAUUCAAAACACUGAUACAUGAAUUAAUCUUGAGCGCAUAAGCUUAGAUUUCUUCUUACAUGGAAGAGUUGAUCUUAUUAACACGUGAUCAUGACUGUCUAUAUUGUAAAUAUAAGACUUUGUAUAAAUGCUCUUUCUGAGAGCAUGGUAUUUAAAUGUUUUUAAAACUGUAAGUAAGCAGUUCUAGAAACUAUAUUUUAAUAAAAUCUGUAAGAUCCAAGCUGAGAAACUGCAAAAAGAAGAAAAGUGCUAAGAUGACAUCUUGCAAGAAAAUGGUAUACAUUAGCGGAGCCAGUGCUUACUCCAGGCAUUCUGAAUUACUGAUCUCUAGUCUUCAGCUGAAUUACUUUCACAUAAUUUAUCACUUAAGAGUGCAUAAUGUUAAAUUCUUGACUCAAAACUCAAAUGCUUUAUUGGAAGUCAGCCUAAUUUUAUGUGUUUUUGUAAGAAUUACAUGUUAGUAAUAUAUUAAGUUGUACAUAUGGAACACUUGACUACUGUUAGUCCUGUUGUUGUCUUAUUAAGCUACAGUAGUGGGCUUUAUUCACUUGCAGAAUUAAACAUUACGGUUUAAUUGUUGUAAAAUUUUAUAAAUCUCUUUGGGUUAUUUUGGGUGACCCAAAUAUAAUGUAAGUCUCAAUGACAAAAUGAGUGAGAAAAUGGAUGUUAAGCCAACAUGUGGUAUUUAUAAAACACUGUAGUAAGUGUGCAAAUGCUCUAAAUGCAGCUGCAUGGACAUCAUUCACUAGCAUGAGUCUGUUUAGCUUUUUGUAAAAACUAUUUUAAAUUUAAACUCUUAAAAUAGGAAGUGGGCAUAUGGCUGCUUAGAACAAGCAGAAGAAUCCUCAUUAAAAAAAUAACAAAAAGCAAAGUAUCUAUUUAGGUAGGUUCUCCAUACACACUGUUAAUGCCAGUUUGCCUCAAACUCUGAAUUUGGCAUUUUGGAAUUCUUACUGGUAAAGCCAGAACAUGCAAAGAAUAAACGUGACCUGAUAAGCCUGUUUAAAACUUGGUUGGUUGUUGGUGUGCAUACAUACCUGUGACAUCCACCAAACCACAAUCAGGAAUGCUUUGGGGAACACAGUUUGAGUGCAGUCAUUCUAGAAAUUCCAUGCUCAAAAGAAGGUAUGAGCUUCAUUUCUGUACAACUUUGGCCCACAGAAAUACUUUUUCUUGACUUGCCAAAAGUUAACAUGAAACAUUGGUACCACAGGACUCCUAUCAGCCAGAUCACGGGAUCUGUCGCUAUUACUGUUACAGUUAAGCAUUCAGCAUCAAUGCUCCUUUUAUAUACCCCCAUAGCAGGCUGUGUGACAGAGCCAUAAUAAUGGUGUUUCUUGCAAAAGUUAAACAGGAAAAAAGACAAGUUUGCUGUUACUUAAAUUAUUCUCAUGCCAGUGUUUGCUUAGCCUUUGAAUAUCCAUUAUAUAAUCUCUAUGAUUUUGGUCUUUGGUAUUUUGAAGUCUGUAAACAUACUAAAAUUGAGAGGAAUCCAAAAUUAACAUAGUCUAUUACCUGUAGCCUCCCUGCUCUGUGUAGAAGGUUUGCACAACUAUUUAAUACACAUGAAAUGUUAUACUUUAUAUCUAUUUAUCUAUAUAAAACCUGCUUAUUUAAUAAAACUGAGAACCACUGAA